AUGAGUAGAAUUAUCUACAAACUGAAUGAGCUCAAAGAGCUGCCACCAUCUACUUCUGUACGGUACAGAGUAUUUGGAAAAUUACUAGAGAUCGAGGAGAUUCUAAAUGACACGCACUACGUUUGUCAGUUGGUGAUUGGGUGCCUUGAAGAGCUCUAUGAUGAUCACAGCUAUGAGGUUGAAAAAUGCUCAAUUGAUGCAAUUGUAGGGUACGACGUUUACAAGCAAUUAUCCACACCUUUACAAGAUGGGUGUGCGAUUGAUGCGUAUAUUGGCAUCGUCACGUUCAAAGAGAUAAGAAUGUUUGAAGUGCUGAACGUGCAAUUGUUGACUCUUGAGGAGUUACGGUCGCUGAGAUUGUUUACUAGCUCGCAGGCAGGUCGUGAGCUCUUUUGA